AUGACUCCGAGGGGAGCUAUACCAAAGAUUCUCCCCCGAACAAUGGCAGCCGCCACAAGUUCCAAAAGCGUUAAGCCAACCUAUCCUACUUCAUUGAGCGCUAUGAUGACCCAAAUAGUCGCAACGUCCGUAUCCGCGACGAGACCAUCUAGGUGCUCAUUCUGUAUUCAAGCAAAGAUCAUGUCCAGUGCCUUUGCCCGCAGCAGCAACUCUGAGAGCCUCCCAUUCGAACGUCUUCAUGCCGACAUUGCUGGCCCAUUUGCAACAAGCAUCAACGCUGCCUGCUACUGCAGCAUGAAGACCAGCGAAGCGCUCAGCUCGAUAAUCACUGAGAUUACCACCGCUUUCGACCACAAGCCCAAAUACCUCUUUUCUGACAAUGGCAGAGAGUUCAUCGGCCAGGAGGUGAAGCAGCUCCUCGACCGACAUUCGAUUCUGAAAGUCGACUCUGUUCCACAUAUUUCCCAGACACACCGUCGAAUCGAGCGCUACGUACACACCGCGAAGAUACUUAUACGCUCUCUGCUGGUUCACUCCCAUCUUCACGCUCCAUUCGGGGACUUUUCUUGUGGACAUGCUGAAUUUCUUUACAACUCUACCCGUAUAAAAACUAUUAAUGAAAAGUAUAUUACCCCGUACAUUAUUGCUCAUAAGAAAGCAGCUGAAUUUACCCGUCUACAUACCUUUGGUUGUGACGUCAUUUAUAACGACCCGAGACCCGGAGCAUCUAUACCAGGCUGA